AUGGGGACCAACAGGGACCACCGAAAUAUGAUGAAAACUGGAUUUGGAGUUUUGUUUCUGUUGGUUGUGCUUCAGACGGGGACACAUGCACAAAGUUGUCCACAGGCUCCUAUUCUGGCACGCAUUAAUGAGAACAAUGAAGUGGGGGCAGUGGUCACAACUAUUCCAGAUGUCACAGGAGCCAUUCUAGAAAUCAUAACUUCACUUGUGCCGUUCCGUAUCCAAGGAGAUCAAUUAUUGGUUACUCAGGUUCUGGACUAUGAAAAGGAAACGACAUUUGAAGUCGAUAUUCGAUGCACGCUUUCAGGACAAUCACCAGUACGUUUCCAAGUAAUUGUUCUACUGCAAAAUCUAAAUGACAACAUUCCUACUUUUGCUCAAGAACUUUACACACUGAGUGUUGCUGAGCUGACACCCGUAGAUACACUUGUGAAGACCUUCACUGCAACAGACCUGGACAACUUGGAGCCACUCAUCUACACUCUCACGUCAACACCUGAUGUCUUCAAGUUGAAAUCUCGAACUGACCCUGGGAUCGUUGUGGCCAAACCACUGGAUUUUGACAGCAUUAAAAGUGUUCAACUGAUACUGACUGUUCAGGACACAGACCCCGCAACACCGACCCACACAGACACCACCACCAUAGACGUCACCAUCACAGACACAGACAACAGGCCACCCUGGUUCCAGCCCUGCACUCCGCAAAUAAUCCAGGGGGUCAAAAUCUGUCCCCACACAGGCUAUAGAGGGGAGGUCACCCUGGGAGAGAUGACGGUGGGGCCAAUACCUCUGGAGGGGCAUAAUAUUUGGGCGACUGAUGGAGACACUGGAAUAAAUGAGCCAAGCAGAUACUAUUUCGUAGGUGCAUCUGAGUUUUUUGAUAUUGGCCUUGAAACCGGAAACAUCACUAUGAAGAAAGCUGUAGAUGUGCCAGGCGCUAUUCAAAUGACCGUGAUGGCCACUCAAGCACUAAACGCACACCAGUUUGCCACUACCAGCCUCACUGUGCUGGCCAAAAGUCUCCAUGCACCCCAGUUUGAGAAGACGCUGUAUGAGGCUAUGGUGAAGGGAGUCGGGACCUUAGCUCUGGAUGCUGCUGACAACAACAAGGUGUUGCAAAUACUUGCAAAAGAUGAGGACUACGCUGCAGAUAACGGUAUAAAUCCUUUUAUAGUGUACACAAUGACGGGAAGCAAUAGCACUGCCUUUACUCUCAUGAAUGGAUUCUUGUACAUGUUCACUGAGGUCCCAGAAGGAUUCUAUGACCUGGAGGUCAUGGCAAAAGACAUAAACACCUCUGAAACAGCAACAACUCAGCUCAGAGUGGAAGUGGUGCCAGAGCCCACCACCACUGUUCCUCCGACCACAAUCUCCACAACGCCCACCGAACCAACCAGCAACCCGACCACUCCUGACCAAACAUCUAACCCUACCACAGCGGCAACUACUAACGCAGUUACUAGCCCCACCUCAAAUCCUACCCCUACCCCCAGUGAAAGCACCAAGACGACCAUCAUCACACCUGGAGUUAGUGUUCAAACGUCCAACCCUGUUACAACCACUGGAGGCAUCACGGGCAGCACAGCCGGUGUGAUCAAACCUUCUGGAGACUUCCGGUCAGCAGACAUGGCUGCACUGGGAGCUUCUCUAGGCUGUCUCCUGUUCCUCUCCAUCAUUGUGAUCGCCAUUCUCGUUGUUAAGCUACGAAAAGGCAACGUGGCUUGGAAGAAGAUCAACGAAGCCAGCGCCUUUAGGAGCUCUCUGGGCCCAUCUGGUCAAAAGGAGGGGGUCCAAUUUACAAAUGAAGCUUUCGAACAUGACGAUGACGACAAAGACAACAAAGGUCCCUCUGGUGGUGGUUUAGAGACAGACAAACCCCAGCCCAGAUCUCUCCCGAGACCCCCUUCACCGAUUCAAGAUGAGGAAAAAGAGGUGAAGCCCAUCCUAACAAAGGACAAAUUCAAAGAGGAUGGGUACAAGGCAGUUUGGUUCAAGGAGGACAUCGACCCUAAUGCCAAAGAGGAAGUAGUGAUCAUCCCGGACAGAGGAGAGGAGGAGGAGGAAGACGAGGAUGAGGGAGAGUCAAAGAGAUCCAAAGUGAUGUUUAAUGACGCAGAUGUGGACAGUGGACUUGGGGACAAAAAUGAGGACUCAGAGGAGGAGAAAACUCUGACUUCCAGUCUGUGAGACAAACAAAACAACUGAUUAGACAAAUAUUACAAUCAAGUCAGUAUACUUCAUUGAUCUAUAAAGCCCUAGUCCGAUUCCAUUUGACUGAUUUUAAAUGAACAUACUGACAUAUAGACCUAUCUCUUCUAAAAAUUCACACUUCACUGUGAUUACUUAAAUCAUACAGUGGAUGCAUUAAAAAAAGACACA